CGGGCGGUCCCGGAGGAGGAGGAGGAGCUGGGCGGGCUGGCGGGCGGCCGGGCGGCGGCAUGGCGGAGCCGAGCGGGACCGAGACGAGGCCCCAGAUUCGGGUCACCGUCAAGACCCCCAAGGACAAGGAGGAGAUCGUGAUCUGCGAUCGAGCCUCGGUGAAGGAGUUCAAGGAGGAAAUCUCCCGGAGGUUUAAGGCUCAGCAGGAUCAGCUGGUCCUGAUCUUCGCAGGCAAGAUCCUCAAGGAUGGAGACACACUGAACCAGCACGGGAUCAAGGAUGGGCUCACAGUCCAUCUAGUCAUCAAGACCCCUCAGAAGGCUCAAGAGCCAAUGGCUGCUGCUGCUUCUCCCCCGUCCACUCCUGACUCUGCCUCUGCUCCCUCCACCACACCUGCCUCACCUGCCGCUCCUGCCCAGCCCUGCAGCUCUGACGGUGCCACUGAUGCUGGCAGUGGAGGGGGCCCUUCCCCAGUGGCUGCAACAGGUCCCCCAAGUGCUACUGCAUCAAUUCUCUCUGGUUUUGGGGGCAUCCUUGGCCUGGGCAGCCUGGGACUAGGCUCUGCCAACUUCAUGGAGCUACAGCAACAGAUGCAGAGACAGCUCAUGUCCAACCCUGAGAUGCUGUCCCAGAUCAUGGAGAACCCCUUGGUCCAGGAUAUGAUGUCAAACCCUGACCUGAUGCGCCACAUGAUCAUGGCCAAUCCCCAGAUGCAGCAGCUGAUGGAGAGGAACCCUGAGAUCAGCCACAUGCUCAACAACCCUGAGCUCAUGAGGCAGACAAUGGAGCUUGCUCGGAACCCCGCCAUGAUGCAGGAGAUGAUGCGGAAUCAGGACCGCGCCCUCAGCAACCUGGAGAGUGUCCCGGGAGGGUACAACGCCCUCCGCCGCAUGUAUACCGACAUCCAGGAACCCAUGUUCACCGCUGCCCGGGAACAGUUUGGCAACAAUCCCUUCUCUUCCCUGGCCGGGAACUCCGACAACUCAUCCUCCCAACCACUUCGGACUGAGAAUCGAGAGCCCCUCCCUAACCCCUGGAGCCCCUCGCCCCCCACCUCCCAGGCCCCAGGGUCCGGUGGGGAGGGCACCGGAGGAUCGGGGACCAGCCAGGUGCACCCGACAGUCUCGAACCCCUUUGGGAUCAAUGCGGCUAGCCUGGGGUCAGGGAUGUUCAAUAGUCCAGAAAUGCAGGCACUCCUCCAGCAGAUCUCUGAAAAUCCGCAGCUGAUGCAGAACGUGAUCUCGGCCCCUUACAUGCGCACCAUGAUGCAGACGCUCGCCCAGAACCCUGAAUUUGCAGCUCAGAUGAUGGUGAACGUGCCACUCUUUGCGGGGAACCCCCAGCUUCAGGAGCAGCUCCGCCUGCAGCUCCCUGUGUUUCUGCAGCAGAUGCAGAAUCCAGAGUCUCUCUCCAUCCUCACCAAUCCCAGGGCCAUGCAGGCCUUGCUACAGAUCCAGCAAGGGCUGCAGACCCUCCAGACGGAAGCCCCUGGGCUGGUACCCAGCCUUGGAUCCUUUGGGACAUCCCGGACUGCGGUACCCCUGGCAGGCAGCAACUCUGGGUCUUCGGCCGAGGCCCCCACCUCUUCCCCGGGCAUGCCAGCCACGUCUCCUCCCACAGCAGGUUCCAGUGCCCAGCAGCAACUCAUGCAGCAGAUGAUCCAGCUUUUGGCUGGAAGUGGAAACUCACAGGUGCCGAUGCCAGAAGUGAGAUUUCAACAGCAGCUGGACCAGCUCAACUCCAUGGGCUUUGUCAACCGUGAAGCCAACCUACAGGCUCUAAUUGACACAGGAGGGGACAUCAACGCGGCUAUUGAGAGACUCCUGGGGUCCCAGCUCUCCUGAUCUCUGGGCCCGAGCCUCCUGCCUUCCCCACCUCUCAGCGCCAGCCUUUGGCUCCUGUCAAGCCCUACCUUCUAUAGCCUGUCUUUGACUUCUACAAACAGCAGGGUGACUUUAGAGGCGUGGGCACAACCCAUAGCUCUCUCUAAGGAUUUUGAUUUGUUGCUGUCUCAUGAAAUCUUCUCUCCUGGUCCUCUUUGAGCAGAGGUAUUUAGUUUGCACAGUUGUGUCAGUUGGCCCCACCUCCUUGCCCACAAGUACUUUGGCAGUGUGCGGUGUUCUCCGAGGAACUGAGAGGAGGACCCCGUCUGGCUUACCGGAAGUCUUCCAUUGGUACCACUAGAAUUUAGAUUGCCUUACAUUUCCUCUUGCUCUCUUCCUUUCCCUCCCUCACCUCAGCCCAACCAGUGCUUGAAUUUCACUCUUUGGAGAGUAGCUGGGGAAACAGUGGUUUUCUUUAUCUACUCCUAUUCUGCUUCAUCCAGCACCUUUUCCUGGGCUCCUUUGGGACUCUAAGGUAUGGGGAAAAAUACCUGUCCUCUUGUCCAAAGGGAGCUGUGAGCCAGCACUCUGGGGAGGAUUACCAAAAACAGACAAGACCAACAGAGACUGGUGUGACGAGCAAGAGCUGAGAGUUCUCAGAAGCAGGGACUGGGGGAAAGAGCAUGAGACAACGGUGUGGGAGCUGGAAUUGACAGUUGGGUCUAGAAACAAUAGAUUUCAGGUUGGAGAACCCAGGCCUAGGCCUGACAGAAGAGCAACUGAUGAAUUUGAACUGAAGAAAGGAGCUAACAAAGCUGAACAGUGUGAGCCACAAGGACUCAAGUUGGCUCCGUUGCCUCCAACACAUGUGCCUGUGCACACACACAUUCGUGUCCAUGAACCCAGAACCUGCCCAGGGAUUCAGGCUUCAGCAUCUUGAGCCCCACUCCCCAGAAGAUCUGAUGGUGUUUAGAUCUUUCUCAGCCGUAUAGAAUAUUUGUUUAUGUGUACACAUGCAAGUUGGGGUGUGUGUGCUCUUUGUUGACUUCUGGCUCACAACUUUGUCAACAGAGAGGAGCGGGUACGAGGACGAGGUUAGUGGAAGAACAUAGCAGUGGGAGAGCUGGGUACCCUGGGUCUCUGGAUAUUCGGUAACCAAAAAGCAUAUUGGGUAAUUCUAAACAUAAUGACUGGUACCCCUGCCACCAUUACUUUGAUGAAAAAAUAGUAAGGUUUCUCCUCCAGAGCUGCCUUUUGAUUCUUUGCUAGUUUCCUCUAGGCCAGAAAGUUCUAUUUGAGGAAGGGGUAGGAAAGGUGAUGCCUUUGAUAGGGAGUUGGGUUUUGCUCAACAGAGUACAGAGGAGGAGGCUCUCAACACAUUGUCUCUGCCCUGUGGUCCAGCUACUUGCAGGACCCCUGGCUAGCAGGUGGAGAUAAGAAAAGGAAUGCUACUCCCUGUGGGGGAGGGUCCCAAGCAGAUCAAACAUGUCUACCCUUUCCCUCUCUUACUCCCAACACCCACCCUGGCCUUUGUAAAUAAAUGUGAUUUUUGUUGUGAGAUUA